AUUGAAAGAGGAUUGAGACUAGAGAGAGAGCUUCACUCUGCCGAACCUCUGCGAGAGGAAGUUGAGUGAGUCUUACAGAUCUGAACUCCAAAAACUUACUGCUUUGCAACAGGAAUUAACUACCCAAGUCCAAAGUUUAACAAAGGAUCUUGAUAAACUGCAAAAUGAGAAUAAGGAACUCUCUGCCAUGAAGUCUGAAAUUGAUGGGAUGCACAGAGAGCUUGAUGAAACAAGGAGAGAAUUUGAACAUGAGAAGAAAGAAAACAAGUGGAUAAUUGAACAAAACAAAGCAAUGAAGAAAAAUCUUGUCUCCGUGGCUUGUGAAAUUGAAAGGCUCCGGGCAGAGCAGAUGGCUGCAAAUAGGAGAGCACGUGGAAUUGGUGUUGGACCAUAUGGAAUGUUGAAUGGGAGUGUUGACGUGGGUUAUUCAGAUAGUUUUUAUGGAGGCGAUCCAUAUCAUACAGGAGGUUGGGGACCCUAUGACAGGAGAGGUCCCCCAAGGUGAUGAGUUUUGUAUGGAAUCUGUGGGAUAAGGCUUCCCAUACCUUUUUCUGGUGUAGAAGCAAACAUAUAGUUUUGGGGUUUCUCCUAGGUAACUUGUGGUAAAACUUUUUAGGCAUCAAUCUGAUGCACUUUGUAUCUCACUGCCUUGAUUAGUUCCGCAGAUUUGAACCUGUUUAAUAAGGUCAAAUCACAACAUCUUUGAUUCGCGGAGUAAAAUUAUGAGCUU